AUGUCUGCUACUCUAUCUGGCGCUGAGCUUAUUGCUGAGUCGCUGGUCGCCCUCAGUGUUUCCCACAUCUUUGGCAUUGUCGGGAUCCCCGUCAUUGAGGCUGCAGAUGCUUGUAUUGCUAGAGGAAUCACAUUUGUAUCUUUCCGCAACGAACAAGCUGCCUCUUACGCUGCCUCCAUAUACGGUUAUCUUACUGGUAAGCCUGGUGUGUGUCUAGUUGUUGGAGGCCCUGGUGUUUUGCACGCCGUUGCUGGUGUCGGGAACGCUUCGGCAAAUCACCUGCCAUUGCUUUUGCUGGCCGGAUCCUCAGAAACUCACCAAACAAAAAAGGGCGCAUUCCAAGAACUUGACCAAGUUGCUUACCUGACCCCGCACACUAAACUUGCUGCAAGACCUGCAAACCUUGAGGCCCUUCCUGGGCUCCUAGAACAAGCCUACCGUGUUUCAUACUUUGGCCGGCCUGGUCCUACAUACAUUGAUCUUCCUGGUGAUUUCAUCAAGGGCACUGCAGACCGUUCUCAGAUCCCUCUUAUUAAACCUCCAGGACCCGCACCGAAGUCUUCUGGGGACCCAGCCCGUAUUUCUCAGGCCAUCGCUCUGCUUCGAACUGCUAAAUCGCCUCUUAUCAUUGUUGGCAAGGGUGCAGCAUAUGCGCGGGCCGAAAAUGCUAUCCGCGCACUCCACACAUACCUUCAGGUGCCAUUUCUGCCCACACCCAUGGGGAAGGGCGUUAUUCCGGACGAUUCUGUAUUGAAUGUAUCGGCUGCUCGCUCGGCUGCUCUUAAAUCUGCAGAUGUGGUUUUGUUACUAGGCGCACGACUCAACUGGAUCUUGCAUUAUGGUGAACCCCCCAAGUAUCAUACAGAUGUUCAGUUCAUUCAGGUGGACUUGGCCGGCGAUGAGCUUGGCAAUAACGCUGCCCAGCCCGAACUCGCAAUUGUGGGAGACGUCGGACUUGUUGCCGAACAACUUCUUGCUGGGUUUCAACAAGUGCAACCACCGGCACUUGUGCAAGCUGCUCUCCCGACCCACCUGGAAACAAUCAAGGCUCGCAACACAGCCAAGGCUGCACGUACUGACAUUGACCAGGCAUUCCCUAUUAAGUACCAGCCCGUAUACCGAGUGAUUCGAGAAGCUCUUGCUCAGCACACUGCCACCUCGGGACAACGCGUUGUUUAUGUGUCUGAGGGUGCAAACACAAUGGAUAUUUCGCGGUCGAGUUUCCCGCUACAGGAGCCGCGUACGCGCCUAGAUGCCGGAACCAACGCGACCAUGGGUGUUGGUCUGGGCUACGCCAUUGCUGCCAAGGCUGCAGAUCCGGCGAGUUUGGUGGUUGCCAUUGAGGGCGACUCAGCUUUUGGCUUUAGUGCCAUUGAAGUCGAGACGGCCGUGCGUUCGCGGUUGCCCGUGAUUAUUAUAGUUAUGAAUAAUUCCGGCGUGUACCAUGGCGUUGAUCCCAAGCUCUAUGAAACUUUGGACGCUAAACCACUCCCUUCGACGGCCCUGCAGCUUGAAACAAAAUAUCAUCUUCUAGCAGAGUCGCUUGGUGCGCGUGGGUACCUUGUUCACACGCUAGAUGAAGUACAGACUGCAUUUGAAGAUGCCCUGGCUCAUCCUACUGAAACAUCUGUACUUAAUAUUAUCAUUGAUGUCGGCAAAGACAAGAAGCUUGAGUUUGGCUGGAUGGCUUCUACAAAGAAAGCAAAGCUGUAG